GUGCAGCACGGCCGGCAGCAGCACCACCAUGGUGGUGCUCAGCGCCCGUCUCCUCUCUCCCCUCCUGCCCACCCUGGCAGCUCUGUGCCGGGCACCCCCACGGCAGCACCGGGGGCUCAGCAGCCCCUCUGGAUCGGGGCACUCGCUCAACCUCGGGGGCAUCUUCCCACCCCUCGCCACCCCCUUCUCACCCAUGCAGGAGGUGGACUAUGCCCAGCUGGAGGGCAACCUGCGCCGCUACGCCAGCAUCCCCUUCCGAGGGCUGGUGGUACUGGGCUCCAACGGGGAGUACCCCUACCUGGCACCCCGGGAGCGGCUGGAGGUGGUGAGCUGCGUGCGCCGGGCUCUGCCCAGGGACCGCCUGCUGCUGGCCGGCUCGGGCUGCGAAUCCACCCAGGCCACCAUCGAGCUGACGGUCAGCAUGGCAGAGGCAGGGGCUGACGUGGCGCUGGUCGUCACACCCUGCUAUUACCGGGGAGGCAUGACCAGCGCUGCCCUGGUCCAGCACUACACGGAGGUCGCCGACGCAUCCCCCAUCCCCGUGGUGCUCUACAGUGUCCCUGCCAACACCGGCCUGGACCUGCCCCUGGAGGCCGUCCUCACCCUGGCUCAGCACCCCAACAUCGUCGGGAUCAAGGACAGCGGUGGGGACAUCACCCGCAUGGGGCUGAUGGUCCACAAGACACGGCAGGAGGAUUUCCAGGUGCUGGCGGGAUCGGCUGGCUUCCUGCUGGCCAGCUAUGCCCUGGGUGCCUCUGGGGGGGUCUGCGCCCUCGCCAAUGUGUUGGGGGCCCCACUGUGCCAGCUGGACCGUCUGUGCCGGGAGGGCCACUGGCAGGAGGCCCGCGACCUGCAGCACCGGCUCAUCGAGCCCAACACGGCGGUCACACGCCAGUUUGGGAUCCCGGGGCUGAAGAAGGCCAUGGAGUGGUUCGGCUAUUAUGGGGGUCCCUGCCGCGCCCCCCUGCCCCCCCUGAGCCCCACACAGGUUGAGGAGCUAAGAGGCACCUUCAGAGCCAACGGCUGGCUGUGAGGGCUCUGCGCUGGGAAGGCAUGGGAGCCAGGGACCCCGGGAGCCGGGGACGUGGUGGGGCCACUGGGAUGUGGCCAGGAGAAACCCACCCCCCCCUCCUUCCUGCCCUGAGCAGAGCGGGCAGGGGGGAUGCCCAACACCCCCCCGGCCACCUCUGCGUCCCCCACCAGCCCUCAGGAUCCUGCCAUCCCCACCUGGGAAGGAAUGGAUCCCGGGGCUGUGAGCCAGGAAUAAACCCACUGUUUCCCCCC